AAACAAUCCAAGUUGAGGCUCAACCCCGUGUAACAAAAUCAUAAUCUCAAGUUGACUUCGAGGAAAACACGUCGUGUUAGUGCAUUGACUCCCACAACCAUAACCAUGAGUGUCAGGACAUACAAUCCGUCUGUUCGCGUAGGCAACUGGAAUGAAGAUAUCCAGCUGGAAGAGGACCUUUUGAAAGACUUCCUGGAGAAACGGGAAAAGGGACAGCUUCAGAUACAAAGAUCGUCGAACUUGACGUCGAUGACGAGUCAGAUUGCUCUCAGUGUGAGCAGAGAUGGUUAUCUGCAUUUUGGUGACGCUGUCUUAUUACGCUGUCCGGGAGCUGUUUGCCGAGAGAGAACGAGUGCAGAGGAGCUGCCUAGAGAUGACUGUGUGUUAGCCAUUAACAUGCCUGCCAGUCAGUUAUAUGAGGGCACAAAAGUUGAAGGGCCAUGCGGUGUGUCUGGGGCCAAACAAACUCAGCCCUCUGCCAGAAGUGUCUUCGUCAUCACCAGUAUUGACGGUUCUCCAAGCGGCCAUCCUCUGAGAUUUGGACAACCUUUCCACUUAAAAAUGCUAUCUGGAGAUGGAACUCUUCUUCACAGUGACAAAGCUUCCUUCCAGAAAUGCGCCAAACGUUCACGUCAUCAGGAGGUCACACUGGUCAGCCAGCCCUCAUUUCUAACACAGUGGCAAAUCUUAUACUUCGAUCCACGUCUUCGAAUGGAGUUUGAAGGUACACCAGUGCCGGCAAAUGAGAGGGUUGUCAUCAAUCAUGUUAAAACCAACCAGAAUUUAGCAGUGGAAGAGAAACAGUGUGUAAGGACACCUUUUGGAAGAGAGUACGAAAUAUCGGCUCAUACGUUCAAAGAUUCACACAAAGCAGAAAUGGAUGUGAACCACUGGAUAAUAGCUACUGGUGCCCCUGGUGAUGAGAUAAAUCCACCAACUGAAGCUCAAUAAACACCAAGUAUUAUCCAAGUGUUAUCAUGUACCUCACCAAAACACUAUACAUUAUCAAUAGUGAGAUAACUUCAUUCUUAAAUAAAUAAAUUUGUUCAUUAAUUAUCAAUGCUAUCAGUGUGACGGUUAUGGACAAAGACACUCACAACAAUAUAUUUAUUUGUUACUGGUGGAUGCAAAAGAGGUUGUAGUUCGUGCAUAUAUGCACUCAUGUAUUUGACAGUAU